UUAGAAUGUAAAAAAUAUAUUUUUAGAAUAUCCUCACACAAUUGUUGCAUUUUCACUUCAUUCCAAUGUUGUGGUUUGUUCAGAAGACUCAAUGUCGGCCUGCAUCUUGUCAAUGAGCUUGGAAGUGGCCGUACUGUUGGUGAACUUUAGUCGAAUGCUCCGUGGAGCACCAAUGCCCCUGCUCACGCCCUUGGAUAGCUCCUGGUUGACAAUGAGGUUGAGGUACUCUGACGACUCUCUGAUGAUCUUGCGUAUUUGGAACUACAGCAGCACAAAACAGCAAGAAAAACAAUAACAACAACAACAGCAACAGCAACAACAGCUGCAAUAUUAUUAAUUUUAGUUUGCGUGGCUUUGGCGUCUGACCUGUGCUUGCA